UGCUGCAUCUCUCUGGGACAUGCAUCACCCCUUCAAGAUGUGGGCAAAGACAGUUACAGGAAAUUUUGCCAAGGUGAUUCAUGGUUUGAAUGCAAAUCAGUUGACAGAUCAAGUAAUUCAGAGAAGUAAGCAAAUGAUUCUGGAUACUCUUGGAGUGGGGCUUCUGGGUACCAGCACCGAGGUCUGCCACAAAGUGGCACAGUACAGCAAGAUCUACAGCUCAGAUUUAUCCAGUACCAUCUGGGGCCACUUGGAUUUCCGACUGCCUCCUCUGUAUGCAGCUUUUGUGAAUGGAGUGGCUGUGCACUCAAUGGACUUUGAUGACACCUGGCAUCCAGCCACACACCCAUCUGGGGCUGUGCUCCCUGCAGUGAUUGCACUCUCAGAGGCUUUUCCUCAGAAGAAAAAAAUCUCAGGUCUUGAUCUGCUCUUAGCUUUCAAUGUGGGAAUCGAAGUGCAAGGCAGGUUGCUGCACUUCUCCAGAGAAGCCAGGAAUAUUCCAAGAAGGUUUCACCCACCAGCUGUGGUUGGUACCAUGGGGAGUGCAGCAGCUUGUGCUAAACUGCUAGCUCUUGACCAGCUGGAAUGUAAAAAUGCCUUGGCUAUUGCUGCCUCCUAUGCAGGUGCCCCACUGGCUAAUGCAGCAACCCAAAUAAAGCCCCUCCAUGUUGGGAAUGCUGCCAAGCAUGGACUGGAAGCAGCUUGCUUAGCUUUACACGGCCUUCAAGGGAACAAACAGAUCUUGGACAUGGAGUCAGGGAUGGGUGUGUUUUAUACAGAUUACAACCCACAGACCCUGCCAACCUUGCAGUCCUACCCCUGGCUCUUGGACCAGCAAGAUGUGGCCAUCAAACGCUUUCCUGCUCAUCUUGCAACACACUGGGUGGCUGAUGCAGCAUCUUCUGUUAGGAGGAAGCUUGUGCAGAGCAGUGAGAACUUGCUUCCCCUUGAUAAAAUUGAGAAAGUCAUUCUCAAAGUCCCUGAGGUCAGAUAUGUGAACAGACCCAGCCCAGCCUCAGAGCAUGAAGCACGACACUCCUUCCAGUUUGUUGCAUGCUCCACUUUGCUGGACGGCAGCAUGUCAGUCCAGUCCUUUGCCAGCGAGAACAUUCACCGGCCAGCCUUGCGGGAGCUCCUCUGCAAAACACAGCUGGAGCACCCUCCUGACAACACCCCCAGCUUUGACAGCCUUUACUGCGAAGUGAGUGUCACACUUCAGGACGGCAACACGAUCAGCGACUGCUGCACUACCUUCUACGGGCACUGGAGGAAACCUCUGAAAAAGGAAGACUUGGAGAAAAAGUUUCAAUCCAAUGUGCUUGGCAUCCUGCCCACAGAAGCCAUGGAAGGCAUUAUAGAGACUGUGUACAACCUGGAAAAAGUAGAGGACUGUUCUGUAUUAAGUACAUUUCUAUCAGGACAGUCACCUAGAGCGCUUCCAGGGAAGCUACACAUCAAGUGA